CCGCCGCCAAGCGAGCGCGGGGAUCGGGCGGAGCGAGCAGGCCGCGGCCCCGCCCGCAGGCAGCUGAGCGGCCCGAGCGGGGCCUCCCGCCGCAGGUGAGCGGCCUUUGUGCGGGCCUCGGGCCGGCGGGAAGUUGCCCCCCGUGCAUGGGGGCGGCGGAACGCGGGCGGGGCGGGCCCGGCGGUGGGCUCGGGCCGCGGGGAGCACCGGGCGAGGAGCCGCUCGCCGCCCGCUGAGCCCGGCCUGGAAGUGCCGCCGUUCCGACCGGGUGUUCCUGCCGACGGAUGAGCGGGACACGGAGCCGGUCCCGGUGAAGCAGGCCGAGCUGCUCCCUGCGCCGCAUCUCACACCCUGCCUGCGUGUGAGCAUUGCCUGCAUCGCAGCCAGCACAGAGAAGGGCCUCCUCUUGUCUUCAAGGCACUUGCUUCUACCUGCCUUCCUUCUUUCUUUGAAAAGGAAAGAGAAAAAGAAAAAGCCAAACAAAAGACCGGAACACACAAAGAACUUCUGCAGAUCCAAGGAGGAGCCCGUGGCAUCUCGUCCUCCUCACUCCCCAGGAUCCUGGCUGUGGGCUGGGUUUCCUGUCCUCGAUUUCGGGAUCGGUGCAGGGAAUCAGAAUCUUGGAUGCUUUUGAUUUUUAUUUUUACUUGAACCUUUCUGACCGAGAAGCUGAAGCUGUCACUGCUAAAACCCUGUUUCUUUUUCCCAAGCAUGUCAGAAAGCUGGCAGCAGCAACAGCAGCAACCGCAGCAGCCGCCACCACCUCCGCAGCAGCACCACGCCGGGACCACCGCCCUCCCGGAACACUCCAUCCCACCCAGCACCGCCGACAACCCCCUGGGCUGUGCCGUCUACGGCAUCCUGCUGCAGCCGGACCCGGGUCUGCAGCACCACCAGCACGCCCCGCUGCAGGCUGGGGAGCCGUCCCACAAAUGCGGGGUGUGCGGCCACGACCUCACUCACCUCUCCAACCCCCAUGAGCACCAGUGCUUGCCAGGCCAUGACCGCUCUUUCCAGUGUACGCAGUGUCUGAAGAUCUUCCACCAGGCCACCGACCUGCUGGAACACCAGUGCAUCCAGGUGGAGCAGAAGCCCUUCGUGUGCGGUGUGUGCAAGAUGGGCUUCUCCCUCCUGACCUCGCUGGCGCAGCACCACAACGUCCACAACGGCAAUGCCAUGAAGUGCUCCAUCUGCGAGAAGACCUACAAGCCACCCGAGGCCGAGCACCCGCAGCCCCUGGAUCCCUCGGAGAAGCCCUACAGCUGCUCCAUCUGCCAGAAGACCUUCAAGCACCUCUCGGAGCUGUCCCGGCACGAGCGCAUCCACACGGGCGAGAAGCCGUACAAGUGCACGCUGUGCGACAAGAGCUUCAGCCAGUCGUCCCACCUGGUGCACCACAAACGGACGCACAGCUCGGAGCGGCCCUACAAGUGCACGGUGUGCGAGAAGACCUUCAAGCACCGCUCGCACCUGGUGCGCCACAUGUACGCGCACUCGGGGGAGCAUCUCUUCAAGUGCAACGUCUGCGAGCUGCACUUCAAGGAGUCGUCCGAGCUGCUGCAGCACCCCUGCACGCCCAGCGGCGAGCGGCCCUUCCGCUGCGGGGAGUGCCAGAAGGCCUUCAAGCGGCCCUCGGACCUGCGGCAGCACGAGCGCACGCACAGCGAGGAGCGGCCCUUCAAGUGCGACCUGUGCCAGAUGAGCUUCAAGCAGCAGUACGCGCUCAUGCGCCAUCGCCGCACGCACAAGGCCGAGGAGCCCUUCAAGUGCAACCUGUGCGAGAAGGGCUUCGUGCAGCCCUCGCACCUGGUGUACCACCAGCACGUGCACGGCAUAGAGAACCUCUUCAAGUGCAACGUGUGCCAGAAGGGCUUCAACCAGUCCUCGGAGCUGCUGCGGCACAAGUGCGUGCAGAACGCCGAGCGGCCCUUCAAGUGCGCGGUGUGCAACAAGUCCUACAAGCGGGCCUCGGCGCUGCAGAAGCACCAGCUGGCACACUGCGCCGAGAAGCCCCUCAAGUGCACGCUCUGCGAGAGACGUUUCUUCUCCUCCUCCGAGUUCGUGCAGCACCGCUGCGACCCGGCCCGCGAGAAGCCCCUCAAGUGCCCCGACUGUGAAAAGCGCUUCAAGUACGCCUCGGACCUGCAGCGCCACCGGCGCGUGCACACGGGCGAGAAGCCCUACAAGUGCCCCUCCUGUGAGAAGGCCUUCAAGCAGCGCGAGCACCUCAACAAGCACCACAGCGUGCACGCCCGCGAGCAGCAGUACAAGUGCAUGUGGUGCGGGGAGCGCUUCCUGGACUUGGGCCUGCUGCAGGAGCACAGCGUGCAGCACACGGCCGAGGGCGCGUACCAGGUGGCCGCCUGCUUGCCGUGAGCCUCCUGCCCCUGGUGGCUUUCAGCUUGCAUGUGACGCUCUGAGCCUCGGCCUCCCCUUCCCUCUCCUCAGCUGGAGGUGGCCUCCAGGGAGCGCUGGGGGAAAGGGGAGGUCUGGCGGGCGGGGAAGCUUUCCUCUGGCCUCCGUGGUCUGUACCCACUGUAGCACAGGGGCUGACGGACGGUGUGAAAGGCUCAGAGAGAGUGGAGAGGAGAGGAGGGAGGUGCUGAGAGGAAGCGAUGCCUGGAGCUGCCCAGUGUCCCCUGGACUGUGCUUCCCACCGUACCCACAUUGCAGUGCUAGGAGCUGGCAGGGCUCUGCUCGGCGGUCCUCUGCAUGCAGCCUCUGUUCCCUGUCCCACCCAGUGACUGCUCUUGCAGGGAAUGCUUGGGAGCAAAGCAGGGCGCUCCCUCUGGCUGCGCUGCUCGCUGGGGACGUGGCAGGUUUCCGUGCUGGGCUCUCCCAGUGUCAUUAAUCCAAACUCAAACGAGUGACUUGAGGGGACCGUUUCAGACCAUUUGCAUUUAUCGACCGCCCUGACCUCCCCUGCUCUCCCCUCUUUCUAGGGCAUAGAAAGGGAAAAGCCGUGGGGCUGCACACCUCCGAAAUGCACUUUGGCAUUGCUGCUCCUGCAGCUGGUGGCUGUCACACUUGGGAAUCGUUUUGAGCAAGCCUGCCCAUCCCCAUCCCUGCUGGCAGUGAGGGAAGAGUACCGAGCACCACACACUGCAGAGAGUGUGGCAAGGAGAGUCUCCUCUCCUGGCUGUGAGCAUGGCAUUAACCAGCUGCCUCCAGAGGGAUCUCGUUCUCCUGUGAAGACUUACCUCCAAGCCCAGGCUCCUUCCCUCCCUGCGCUGCUGGGGCUGUGAGCAUACCUCCAGGGUCGGGCAUAGGGAUGUCCCCGCAGCUUGAACACUAAGGGGUGAAGUGAGCACUACGAGGAGCCUACAGCCUCAGGAAUGGUCUCAGCCAUCUCCACAGGUAACCCACGUGGUGCUCUGGGGUGCCUGAUUUGCUGAGGGGAACCAGUUCUGUCCAGAAAAAUCAGGAGGACCCUUCCUGCCCCGUGGGGUUGGCUCCAGGGGAAGGUUAGCAGUGGGUAAAGGAGAAGUUAUUUUUUCCCCUCUUGCGGGAGUCCCGAUUUACCCCUUUGCUCUUUCUUUACCUCUUCCAUUUUUUCAGGUUUUGCACAGUUCUUGUAUAAACAUCACUUAAAAAUAAACCUCCCCUAGCAAGGUUGGUGCAGCCUCAGGUGUUUUCCUCUGCAGGGUUCUGCUGCCUUCCUGAGGCCAAGAGCCCCAUGAGGUGCCAGCUGGAUGCCCUCAGGGUUGAAGGUGUGCAUACUGCCUUGCUCCCAGCCUUCCCCUCUCCGUGUCUGGAGAUCUCAGAGUGUUACAACCCCGAGUGCUGUAGCACAGCUGGAUGUGGUCCUGGACUACCUGCCAUACUGCUCCAGCUUCAGCGCAGGUCCAGUCUCAGCCCCCCUGUGCCCUGGGUUGUCCAUUGGGCCAAGCAGAGGUGUUCCAACCAGCUCUAAUUAGCAAACAGCAGCCCGCAGAUUGCCUGCGUGCUGAGCUGGUGAUAGGACAAGUUGAAAGUCUAGGCAGAUGGACCUUGCACAGAGCUGGGCCGUGCCUGCAUUGCAGAUGGGGGACACUAAAAGGUGGUGAGAAGCUUCCAGUUCCAUCUCCAGCACAGAGGAGGAGCAGAGCGCCUGGCCGCGGGGCUGGGGCACUCAGUGGCCCCGAGGUUGGCUCCAUGUGCAGCUUCACAGGGCUGCAAACAAACCUUCCGCUCUGCUGCCCAGGGAGGAGGGACCGAUGCUCAUCCUAACUUCAUGCUGCAUCAGAGAUGUAGAACUUCCUACCGAGUUUUCUGUCCGCGUUUCUUUGUUUUUGGGUUGGUUUUUUUUUUCCUUUUUUUU